UUCAUUGAAGAGAUCUUCUUCUUCAAGUGAUUUAUACUUCAACAACCAUAGCUACGAGGAUGUAAUGUGGCUCUUCAUAAAAGGGAGUGAACUCGAGUAUACCACAAGAUUGCUUUCAAUUGAUAAAGUUAUUGAUCUCUCCAACAAUGGUUUAUCUGGAAGUAUACCUGAGGAGUUGGGAAAUCUGCAUGGAUUACGGAGUUUAAAUCUAUCUAGAAAUUACCUAACGGGGAAGAUACCGAACAACAUUAAUGGAAUGCAACGAUUAGAAAUUCUUGAUCUCUCCAGAAAUAAUUUGUCUGGAGCAAUUCCUUCAACCUUGGCAGCGUUAAAUUUCUUGAAUUAUUUGAACUUGUCAUAUAACAAUCUUUCGGGUAGAAUUCCCACUGGUAGCCAAUUACAAACGCUUACUGAUCCAUCUUUCUAUGCCGGCAAUUCAGAUCUAUGUGGCCCUCCUCUCACAAAAAAUUGUAUAGACAAUAUUCCAACAAAAGAAGAGGAAAAUGAAAAUUCUAUGGACAGAAUUGAAAGUAUUUGGCUAUACAUGUGCCGUGCACUAGGAUUUAUCGUGGGAUUUUGGACGAUUUGUGGAAGCAUCUUAUUGAAAUCGAGAUGGAGGAUUGCUUACUUCCAAGCUAUUGAUAACAUGUGUGAUAGGCUCUAUGUGGUGCUGGUAUUGAAUGUAGCAAUGUUCAAGAGGAAGCUAAUGGUAGGACGUCAAGUUGACUAAGCCGAUGGGAGCAUUCACCAUUAGUAUGAAGCAACAUGUAUUGGGCUCAUUGUUUGCAUGCUUUUUCAUAAUCCACUGGUCACAUGAUUUUAAUUUUUGCAAGGACUAUCGAUUUGUCUUUCUGCCUUAUCUUGGCAUCAAUAUUUUAGUUCAUUAAAGUAUGAGUUCUCAGCGUAUAGUCUAUAAGCUUUAAUUAACAUUCAGCCAGCAGUAUUGUUCGACUCUGUUUUAUCCAUAAGCUACACUGUGGCGUAGUUUAUUGAAUAGAUUUCAUUUGUCAUGAAUCAUCUAUGAAAAUAUGUAAAAGCAUUCCACCAUAUGCGAUGUGUAAUAACAUUUGCAAGUUA